AUUAUUCAUCAGGUUUUAAGGAGUCUGGCAUAAUAAUGUCCUUGUAGAAGAGACAAAAAAUAGAUUCGCAUUAAAAGGAAAACAUAUAUUUAAAAGACAAUCCAAAAAAGCUAUAGCAUAGGCUACUCUAGGCUUAUAUACUAUAGCCUACAUUAAUUACGAGAUAUUUGCGUUAUUACGUUGUAAUUGCGUCACAAAAAAAGGCCUUUGCAUUUCCUCAUCUCUGAACUGUGUGCAGAUGCUGAGAGUCUGACAGUCAGCGGAGAGGAGGGAGAUGACUUUCCUUUCUGUUGUGGAAAUGAGAAGCGUCUGAGGCAGGCAGGGUUGAUAGGGGCUGGGCUGAUGACAGCAUCCUCCGCCGCUCAGUGGCUCCACACCUGACUGACUCCAUCAGAUGCAUAGAUGAUGGAGCUCUCCGUGCUGCCGGGUUAUCCUGUUGCCACCAUUUCGCAUGUCCACUGCCCGACACAUGUUCUACAAAUGCCGAACUCAUUUUACUAGAAUUGUUUUUGCCGGGGUUUUCAUUUUUAUGCCUGAUUAUUCAGUGGAUGCGGUGUGCGUUUUUCUGUUUAUUGUGAAUGCUGAGGUCGGAUCGAGGUGGUCUUUGUUUUCCUGGAAAAGCGAACUGGAGUGGACUGAUGCUGCGUCGCUGGUAAACACCAGAAAUGGGUGUCAUUGAACCAAGGCUGCCAAUCGCGGUUCGUUCUUGGACCAGAUUUUUGUUUUUCUUAUGAAAAAACAUCUGCCAAAUCCAGGUCCUAUACAUCUACAAGUUGCUACACUGAGCAGGCUUCAGUCAAGCAUACAAAUGGUCCAAUCAGUAGUCACUGGACAGAGUCUGCCAUAGGGAGGAUAUCAAUAACACGCUAAUACACUUCUCACACACACACACACACACACACACACACAGACAUACACACACAGGCCAUGGCGCUGGAGAACUCGGUCUUCCCCACCCACCCGGACUCCCUCUCACUCCCUGUGGAGGAGAAGGGGGAAGGGGAAGACGUGGAGGUGGCCACCGAGGCCACAGCCUCCACCGAAGUCUUCAACCUAUCGGAGGAGCUGGGCCACGUCGUCACCACAGAGACGGCACCCUCCCCUCCGCCCUUGGCCAAGGUCAACAGGUCGUUCCAGGCCAAGCUGGCUGAGCGGGAGGCCAACGCCAAUCAGCCCAGGAAGAAGACCCAGGGGCCGGAGAAGGAGAAGGAGAGGGAGAGGGGACGAUUCGGGUGGGCCCGGACUCGGCGUAAGAGACAACGCUAUGUGGAGAAGAACGGUCGCUGCAACGUGCAGCACGGUAACAUGCGGGAGACUUAUCGCUACCUGACUGACAUCUUCACCACGCUUGUGGACCUCAACUGGCGCUGCUCACUCUUUGUCUUCGUCAUGGCCUAUGCUGUCACAUGGCUCUUCUUCGGGGCCAUCUGGUACCUCAUAGCCUACUGUAGGGGUGAUCUGGACCAUCUGGAGGACGAGACGUGGACGCCGUGCGUCAACAAUGUCAACGGCUUCAUCUCAGCCUUCCUCUUCUCCAUCGAGACAGAGACCACCAUUGGCUACGGCCACCGAGUCAUCACCGACCAGUGUCCAGUGGGCACCAUGCUGCUGCUGCUGCAAGCUAUACUGGGCUCAAUGGUCAACGCCUUCAUGGUCGGCUGUAUGUUUGUGAAGAUCUCACAGCCCAACAAAAGGGCGGAGACUCUGGUGUUCUCCAAACACGCCGUCAUCUCUCUGAGAGACGACAAGCUCUGUCUGAUGUUCAGGGUGGGCGACCUUCGAAGCUCCCACAUCGUAGGGGCCAACAUGAGGGCCAAGCUCAUCAAGUCCAAACAGACUCAGGAGGGUGAGUUCAUCCCGUUAGACCAGACAGACAUCAGCGUGGGCUUUGAGACAGGCGAUGAUCGUCUCUUCCUGGUCUCGCCGCUGGUGAUCUCCCAUGAGAUUGAUGCACAUUCGCCCUUCUGGGACAUGUCGCAGGCCCAGCUGGAGAAAGAGGACUUUGAGAUCGUGGUCAUCCUGGAGGGAAUGGUGGAGGCAACUGGGAUGACGUGUCAGGCGAGGAGCUCCUAUCUAGCGGAGGAGGUGUGCUGGGGUCACAGGUUCAGCCCGAUGAUGUCACUGGCAGAGGGCUUCUUUGACAUCGACUACGGAGCAUUUCAUCACACGUUUGAGGUGGGCACACCCUCCUGCUCAGCACGAGAGCUCUCGCUGGCUGCAGCCAGACUCGACGCUCACCUCUACUGGUCCAUCUCCAGCAGGCUGGAUGAAGAGCCCACCCUGACCAACCAGGCGGCCAAGCAGCCGGACAGCGGCUCGGCCAACAGCAAAGGAGGGGAGCCUACCUUCAUCGUCGGAGAGAUGACUGACAUCCAGGAGCAAACAGGACCGGGCGAGCUGAACGGCUGCGUCACCACCGAUCAAUCCGAAUCAGAGGCCUAGAACAGAGAAUGUUAACAAAGACCUUCAGUAUAUCACCACCACACCACAAUUAGUGUUUGCAGAUCUUUUUUUCAAGGCAAAUGAGUAAUUUCAUUAGGUUCAGUUCUACACUAUGUGUCAUAUCUCAUGUUAUCAUAUGAGGGAGUUUAUUUCUUGAUAUUUUUGUCUUUUAUUUCCAUGUUGAUUUUUGUUACAAGUGUACUGUAUGUGUGAUAUCUCUUUUUGAUCUGUUGUGUUGGCUCCAAUCACCCUUGCCUAUAUCUACAUUUAAAUGACAAUACUAUGCUUUAGGUGGGGUCAACAGUAGUACAUCCUGUGGACCAAGGCAGAAUGUUUAACAGAUAAAGGUAAUUUGUCUUGUUGGGCAAAAAGGUGACAAGGUGGUUGUUUGUGCACAUUGUGGGAUUGUUCACAUUUAAAAUAGGUACAGUGCAUAGAUGCUUUUUAUUCACCUGCGCAUGAAUAUCACUAGAUGAUAUUAAGGUAUAGACUGAAAUUGUAGUAACCUCAGAUUUCUUUAGAUGCAAAGAUUGUUAUAUAUCAAUCAGGUGUUAGGUUGGGAAAGUAACACCAGCCCACAGCCGCAGGUAUAUUUGUCUACUCUGCUAGAAACUUCAUUUGACAACAAAUCAUCAUUUGGUGCUGGAAAAAUGUUUUAAAAAUCUAUUUGGCCAACAAAAAAUUAUAACAGGGACCAGUGAACAACAAAGCUGGUUUCCCACCCCUGGUGUAAAAGAUUUCUCAUCUUCUGGAGGCACAGUAUUAUGUAUUAUGAGUAUUAUGUUUGUUAAACAGUAACUUAACACCAGGCUGAAAAAACAGUGUUUUGCUGCCUUCUCUGGUUUAAAGUUUCAAGGCUGUUUAACCUCUGUCCCAGCAUCACUGAUGGGCGUGGUUGGCUGUGGUCAGAAAUGUGCUCUGUUGCACCUGUAACCACACACUGCAACAGUGAUGUCACUGGGUCCUGGAGUACACCUGUACAUCACUGCAGCAAGGUGAGAAGUUAAACCAAAAACAAUUUUCAGGGAGUGUUAAGUUACUCUUUAAUUACACUAACAUGAAUUUGCUGACAUUGCUAACUGCACUCACAUUAUGGUGAAUAGGGUAUCUAUCUAAAACCUUUAACAUAGAGACAGGUUAAUACUUGAGCGUGUCUGUGGCUUCGUUUCACAUACGAUGUGUGUAGCACAAGAAUGAUCUGUCUUUUGUCCCCAGCCAAGUAGAAAUUAAAAGCACAACAGUGUCCUGCUCAGUUUGGCCCAAACUCAUGCUUCUGCUGCUGUGUACAUAUAUGUGGCCAUUUUUACUUGAUGUUUUUAAUAUGUAAUAUAACAUCAAUUAGAAUUAAUAAACUGCAGUAUAUUCCAGA